AAAAUAUAUUAUUAAGCCGGUACUAGCUGCGAUUGAAUGGUUGUGCCGUUUAUUCGACAAUGCCAAAUUUCAAAACACUUGCAAUAUUUUUAUUUAUGUGUCUUUCGUGCUGCAGAAUUAGCUUGAGCACAAUAUCACCAAAUAGUAAAGGAAAGCAAAAGGAAAUUAAAUUACUAAGCGGUCCGCAAGAUAAGGAUGUAUUCGAGUUGAAAUUAAUAUCAGAAGAACCGCUAGCUACUGACAUAAUUGUGCAUAAUGAAGCUUAUUACAAGGACACUAAGAUACGCCGAUUUAAUGGAACCGCGCUCGGCUAUGUCACACCGUGGAACUCGCACGGCUAUGAUAUUGCGAAAAUAUUUGCGAAAAAAUUUGACAUAAUCUCUCCAGUUUGGCUUCAAAUAGUAAAGAAGAAGAACAACUACACACUGGCGGGUACACAUGAUGUGGAUGCAAGUUGGUUAAGUGAUGUGAGACGUAAGGGAAAGGUACAGAUGCCUCAACAACGCGCUGUUAAAAUUUUCCCACGUGUCAUAUUUGAUUAUUUCACUGACAGCGAUAUAAAGUUGUUGCUGAGCGAUGCGCAGGAGCGUUCGAAGUUAAACAACGAGCUCAUAAGGGGCUGCCAGGAGUAUGGAUUUGAUGGGGUAGUCCUAGAAGUUUGGUCUCAAUUGGCUGGCAGGAUUGACGAUAAUUACCUUUAUGCUUUGGUCCUACAAAUGGCCAAGGAUUUGGAAAAACAAAGACUGCAACUUAUAUUGGUUAUACCACCCUAUCGCAAGGAAAUGCCAAAUCUAUUUGGCGAAAAGCACAUGGAGAGAUUGUAUAAACACAUUUAUGCAUUCUCGCUCAUGACUUAUGACUAUUCUAAUUUCCAAAGACCGGGUGCGAAUUCUCCACUAUAUUGGGCGCGUCGGGCAAUUGAAUUAAUUGCUCCAGAUGGUUGUCAUGAUGUGGAAGAAAAACGUAGAAAGAUUUUGAUGGGCCUAAAUAUGUACGGUAAUGAUUAUACACCAGACGGCGGUACUCCAAUAACAUAUUCAAAAUAUCUUGAGUUGAUAAGGCAUGUUAAAAAACAUCUUACAUACGAUGAACGUGACGUUGAAAAUUUCUUUGAAGUGAAAACCCAAACUGGACGCCACAUUGUUUUCUAUCCAACGCUACAUUCCAUUCACGAACGCAUUAAACUGGCACAGGAACUAGGUGUAGGUGUGUCCUUAUGGGAACUGGGACAGGGAUUGAACUACUUUUAUGAUCUCUUUUAAAGAAAAAAUUAACAUAUUUUUAACAUAUAGUUUAAACAUAAAAUAUGGUAUAUAAUAUUGUGUAUGUUAAAAGUUGUACAUUGUAAAAUUAUAUUAAACAUAAUUAUUUUAAAUUAA